AUGUCUGAGGCCAUUGACUAUGAAGAGUCUAUAGUGGAAUCCAAAGAUUCCCUGUACCUCGUCUUACUCACCCUAUGCAUUGGAGGCCUUCAGAUCGUCUGGUCUGUCGAGCUCUCCAAUGGGUCACCGUACCUCCUCUCUCUAGGGAUGAGCAAAGCACUGCUUGCGUUUGUUUGGCUUGCAGGGCCUUUGACCGGCGUCCUUGUUCAACCAUAUGUCGGAAUCUUGAGCGACCGAUGCCGAGUCUCAUGGGGCAAGAGGAAGCCCUUCAUGAUUGCGGGAACGCUUGGCACCGUUGCUUCUUCAAUGAUUCUCGCAUACGCUCGUGACAUUAUCCGGGUUCUUGGAGGCCUUGACACAAAUGCUCAGUAUAUCGGAGGCUACAAGACUGGGACCAUUGCUCUUGCCACAAUCAUGAUGUGGUGUCUGGACUUUUCCAUUAACACCGUGCAAGCCGCGAUCCGUGCGUUUAUUGUCGAUAACGCCCCCUCUCAUCAACAAGAGUCGGCCAAUGCCUGGGCGUCACGCAUGACAGGCGUUGGUAACGUGCUUGGCUAUAUUUUCGGAUAUCUGAAUUUACCCCGUUAUUUCCGCUUCUUUGGAAACACCCAAUUCAAAGUCCUGGUUGUUCUUGCAUCCAUAGCCCUCAGUUCCACUGUCUUGAUCAGCAUCCUGGCCAUCAAAGAGCGGAAUCCGCAACUCGACCCUCCGUCGAAGGCAGACUACGAAUCAGGCGGGUUGCUGUCUUUUUUCAGACAAGUCUUCACUUCCAUCAAACGACUGCCGCCUCAAAUUCGCAAGGUCUGCGAAAUACAAUUCUUUCACUGGUUGGGCUGGUUUCCUUUCCUCUUCUACAUCACGACUUACAUUGGUCAACUGUACGUCGAUCCUCAUCUGAAGCCUGGUCUUUCGGAUGACGAAGUAGAGAAGUUUUGGGCCAAGGCUACUCGAGUUGGAACACUUGCGCUCCUUACCUAUGCUAUCGUCUCAUUCGCGUCCAAUAUCAUCUUACCUUUCUUGGUCGUGCCAACGUACAAAGCUAAGGCGACGGAGGAUGCCGAAGAUUUUACGCGACCCAUCACCCCGACAUCUCCUAUCGGCACGAGGUCACGAGAGUUUCCUUGGAACGAACGCCCUGCAGCGAGUCGGUCCCAUACCGGUCUGUCCAUCACUCGGCCGCUCUCAACCCCUGUCGCGAGCACAUCGUCAGACCAUAGUUCUGGGGGUUUGAGACCAUGGUUGGAUAGAUUGCAAAUUCCGGGGUUAACACUGCGACGAGCGUGGCUCAUGUCUCAGCUUCUCUUCACGCUGUGCAUGUGGAGUACUGUGUUUAUAUCUACACCGCUGGCGGCUUCCAUUAUGACUGCUCUGGUCGGUGUAUCAUGGUCACUGUCGCUUUGGGCACCGUUUGCAUUGAUCUCAGCCGAGAUUUCUCGACGUGAUGAGGCGAGGCGGAAGCGACAACGGCAGAGACUCAUGAACGGAGAAGACCUUGACGAGAUCGAUGAUAAAGAAGCAGACCAGGAGGACCAAGCUGGGAUCAUCCUCGGGCUCCACAACGUGGCUAUCAGCGCCCCGCAGAUUCUGGCGACCUUGAUGAGCAGCGCCGUCUUCAAGCUGCUUCAGAAGCCGCGAAACGAGCCGGGCGAUGUCAGCGUGGGAUGGACGCUGAGAAUUGGUGGGCUUGGGGCGCUGGUAGCCGCGUUCAUCACUUGGCGGAUGAAGGAACCCGUGAGCGAAGAUGAGACGGAUAUCUGA